GCGCUGCGCAAGUACAAGCUCGUCUUCAUCGGCGACCAGGCGGUCGGCAAGACGUCAAUCAUCUCGAGCUUCAUGUACGGCACCUUUGACUCGCACUACGCCUCAACCAUCGGCAUCGACUUUGUCUCGAAGAGCGUGCCGGUGGACGAUGGAACGGUCCGU